GUGUGGAAUCAGGAUUUUGCCCUUUCGGUUGCAAACCGGCUAUCGCACACUUCCGAGAAAAGAGGCAACCCUCCCCCCCCCCACCCCCGGGGUGCCUAAGAUAUCGGGAAACCUUGAUCGUAUGGGAGUGCAUACGCAGCAAAGUGAUGAUGAUAAGCGUUACCAAAAAGUCUGAUAAUCGCGACGAAGUGCCGCUAAGAGACGAAGCUUCAUUUUGAUGGUUUCAAACAAUUUGGACCAAUUUGGCACGCUUUGCUUCGAAAGUCACAAAUCCAAAUCUUUGAACCUUCCUUUUCUGAUAAGGAUGUUCGCAUCGGGGCGGUAUGGUCAAAUUUCUUGCUUUCCGGUAUAAUUACCUGCCUGGUGGCGUCAGCAUGUCCAGAAGUGACUGAGACGUUGCGUGAACCUUAUCACGGUACGCACGCGUGUAAAACAAGGUCAAGGAGGAACUAAGUGUAACGUUUGGAAGGGAUAAAGUAGGACAAAGUUAGACACACACACACGGACCAGCAGUAGGGCGAUAGUGCGUGUGCAGAGAAAAAGGCGAUUAGGUUAGACAUUGGUAGACUAUAGACAUUGGCGAUUAGAUAGAACGUGAGGCGCAGUGAUCUGAGGGCUGCAAUGUCUCAUGUCGAAUUAGACAUUGAGUGGCUGAGUACCUACUCGAGACGAAUCGAACGGAUGGCGCCAUUUUGCGAUGCGCCAUCAGGUGUUACCGGGUACGGGGCGACGAAGGAUGGAAAUGCACCAGUAAAUAACCUUUCGAAAUACCAUCACGAUACAACGGACCAACUGACAGCUCCGUAUCGCUGGAAGCGCUUGGAUGUGGAGCUUGAUCUGAUUCUGACAUCAAGGUUACUCCCCUUCGGUGGCUCACUGAUUGAUUCGUUCAAUUGUCCUGUACCACUGGAGCAUUCAUGCAUUAUCGGCAGAGUGAUAUGAUGUGACUCUGUGUCUUUAAAUCCCCCUCCACUUUAUAGCGAUUGUAAGGGACAUCAUUGUAUUAAAUGUCACAAACAUGUUGAUCAUACGCAAAAGAACGAAAAAACCAAACCAAAAAAAUAAAACAAAUAAACUUCUCAGAAUGCUUUGCCUCAUUGAGAAAUGCCAAUGUCCCACAUAUCGGCAUGUAACCUUCCCGUGGGGCCAUCGUCAAUGUAGCCCGAUAGUGAUCGACACCGCGAUGAGGAUGUAGAGCGAUCCGUUUAUGCCCAAUUAACUGCUUAUAACACGCACGGCUAAUUGGCAACACAAUGUAAUUGUUUACUCAUCGCGCAGGCUGGUAGUUAAAGACGAAGAGGUUUUCAAGUGAUCACUAGAAGACAGAAGGCAGAACACUAGGGAAGCGAUCUGAGGUCAUCAGCAGAAGAGAGAGAGAGAGAGAGAGAGAAAAAUCAACAUCUGCUCUGAGCGUCCAUUUUGAAGGGCCACAAAUCAAUUACCAACCAAUGUUUAGUGCGUGCCAGCAUGUUUAGCGAGUUGGGUUUAUAUCGAUAUCAAUUUGUUGUUAUUUAGAGAAGAAAAACCCAAUCAUUCAUUGAUUUGUGAUCCUACCAAAAAGUGAUGUGCCAUUAGCACAAUCGAAUACUACGCGAGUUUCGCUCCACCGAACGACCUCGUGGUCGUUACGCUGUUUGUUGAUCGUACGGGAUGAUACAUUGCUUGUUUGAUCAAUUAUCGUCACAUCGAGGCACAGUAGCCGCUGCACGGGUACUGUUACUGAGGAAGCUUUUUUUAUUGGUGAUGAUCGGUUUUUUGUUGCUGUAUGUCCUACCCAUCGGGACCCUCUCGUAUACCGAGAUCGAGAUCAAUUCUGGCCUCAUUGCCGAGCUAUUAACAAGCUCCCAGUAGCGCUUGCGGUUUUGUGGGUAUCGCAGUGCGUGCGUCAUUGGAUUUAAUAUCAGAAGAGUCAGAGGGCGGACCAGCUGAAGUACAGAGGAACGUACGUAAAUAAUAUACGACACCCAAGAGUUGAAGACGGCAGGAAACUAACAUUAGAAACGCUUACGCUUGUUUAGCAAACGUUUUUCUUCGCAUAAAAAAAGCAUGGAGAAAUUAAAAGCCGCUAAAAAAGUCGCCCCAGACGGAGGAUGGGGAUGGAUGGCUACGUUCGGUGUCAGCAUGGUGAAUUUGGCUACUCGCUCGAUCGAACCCUCAUUUGGGCUGCUGUUUGGAGAUCUGCUUAAUGACAUGCAGGUCGGUACAACCGGUGCUGCCAUCAUCAUCAGUACGCUCGAUGUGAUGAUGAAUUUUUCCGGUCUGUUCGUUGGUCCACUGCUGAAGGAGUUCUCGUACCGGAAGGUGGCGAUCGCUGGUUCGCUUCUUUGCUGUAUCGGACUCGCGCUAACGUCACCCGCCACUAAUAUGGCGCACAUACUCGCCACAUACAGUGUAGUUAAUGGUGUGGGCGUUGGGCUAGCGACGUCCGCUGCGUUCGUAGCACUUAAUCACUAUUUUGCGAAGAAGCGUGGCCAAGCGGUAGGUCUAUCGAUGGCGGGUACGGCACUCGGUAUGUUGAUAAUGCCGCAGCUAGUACGAAUACUGCUCGAGCUGUACGGUUUCCGCGGUGCGGUACUGGUGCUGAGUGGUCUCGCACUACAUGCGACGGUCGGUGCGAUGCUGCUGCAACCGAUCAAGUGGCACCUGAAGGAGGAGGAGGUCGACAUUGAGCUGGUGGAAGCAACACCUCCGAUGGGCAUCAUUCUCGAGCAGGAAGACGAUGAUAAUGAUUCACUGCCGGAGAUUAAAUCACUGCUCUUUCCGCGGCGGGUUGGCAGCGAACGCAAGCAGUCGGAUCCAACGGGUGCCGGGGCUGGAGCGACCGGCUCGGCCGGUGGAGCGGCAGCGACAGGCAAUGGGACGGGAGCCGGAGCAGGUGCGGCGGUGGGUGGAUUGCCAAAAAGGCCUACCUUUCCCCGUAUCACCUCGUCGGUUAGCGUGCAAAAUCAGGGCGGUGUAGGAAUGCGUACACGACCGUCCUUUCCCAGGAUCGCAUCGACCGCUAGUAUGAGCUUGGCCUUACGCCGACGCCGUGAAUCGGUCGUUUCGCAGCUGUCAACGAUGGACUUCACCGGCAGUGGAAGUUGUAUGCAUAUCCACGUUGAUACGGGUGAUGCUGAUGCAGAGGAUGUAGACUAUCAGAUCAUACGGCGCGUUAACACGCACGUCGGUGUCUCUACACUCGGUUCGUUUGCACGCGUCCCGUCCCGUUCGUCCAAGCGCCUGGAAACGGUCAAAUCGGAACUUGGUCUCGAGAUGGUAAAACCGAAGGUGUCCUUCCUGCAGCGCUUCACCGCACUAAUGGACGUGGGACUGCUGCGUGACGGCAUCUACCUCAACAUCCUGUUCGGUCUGUCCAUCUUCUACGUAGCCGAGAUGAACUUCAAGAUGGUGACACCGUUCUUUAUGGCUAGUCUCGGGUUCGACAAGAGCGACACCGCGUUCGUGCUGUCCGUGUCGGCACUCACCGAUAUUGCAGCCCGUAUCAUCGUGCCACCGAUCGGCGAUCGGCUAAAGAUACGCAAGCGCUACAUCUUCAUGGUAUCACUGAUCUUCGUGGCGAUCACACGAUCAAUCGUUGCCCAUCAGCGUACGUACGCGGACGUCAUGAUAUGGUUGUCGGUGACCGGAUUCUUUCGUGGCAUUGCCCUGGCCAACUUCACACUGUGCGUGUCCGAGUACUCAUCGCUCGAGAAGCUGCCUGCCGCAUUCGGCUGGCAUAUGGUCGGCAAGGCGGUGUUUGUGAUCGCCUUCGGACCGCUGAUUGGUGCCAUACGGGACUGGACCGACAGCUACGCGAUCUGCAUCCAUUCGCAAUCGUUCUGCAUCUUUCUGUGCGUUGCCGCAUGGUCUAUCGAGCUGUUGGUGAAGCGAUGCCGCACGAAAAAGAUCGUCGAAGCUAAUCCCACCGUUUAGGCGUGUUGAGACGAUACCGAGGAAGCGUAUGAAAGUGUUUUAGUAUUUUUUGUUUGUUUGUUUAUUCGUUGUCGGUAUGUUUGUUCGAAUGCGUGUUUCCUCUUAGUGUAGUAUCAUGCAGGAGCUGUGUCUCUUGUGUGUUGAUCGUAUCUUAAUUCCGAAGACUGCGAUAGUAGCGUAUGCUUUAGUGGGUAGCGAAUAGAUCAAUGGAGUUAUAAUGAAAUCAAGAUCAGAACAAAAUGGUAUGGGGGAGUGUAUUCCUUUCCCUCAAAGGCCUAGAGUGGAUUUGGAUAUGUGAACAUUAUUAAAAGGUUCAGACGAAAAAUAGAAUCAUUCAGUACUAUUUGGUACUUAACGAUCGUUUAGAUGAGUUUUAACGAAAGCGUCCAACGUACAGUAUUAGGCGCGGAACAUUAUUCUUUUUUAUAGGAGCUGAUAAGGAUCACCAUCCGCCUUGAUAGGCGAUUUUAAACAUAAACUGUGGCUUAUAGGCUAGAACUGUUUCAAACGAAUGAAACACACCAGGCAAAUAAGAGAGAGAUGAUAGAUUUUAGAUGAGUUUAGGACUGUAGUUAAAGCCUAAUCACUACACUGCACCGAGAUCUCGUGAGAAUAAAACGGUGGUCGAUCGAAAUUCAUCUAAUGCAAAUGCUAACUUUAGAUAAACGAGCCGGCUGUUCGGUGCAAUUGCCAACGAAUGAUACUUAGGAAUAAAACUAACCUUACCCAGAAGUACACGUAACGAAA